AUGUCAUCAACCACCGCCUCCACUUCCUCUGCUGGCACCUGGCCAGCUUCCACCAGCAGCGGCAGCACGUCGGCUGCUUCAUCGAGUGCACCAUCUGAGCUCUCGGAAGCCAGCUUCUUACCCAUUGGGUACUUUAGUGAAAAAGAAAAAAGGGAGCCAACCCGGCUCCAAUCAAGGUAAGUAUAUAAUAGUACAACCAUUACCUAACCUGCAUUUUCAUUAUAAAUAAGAAACAAACAAAGUCAUAUCCUGAUAACCUUCGUAUAAUACAAUGCUUUUACAACAAUAACAAAAUAAACAAACAAUAAUUACCAAAAAUAAACACUUCCAAAUUUCAGAACAAGGUAUGCCUCAAGAAGGCGCGUCAACAGGGCCGGUACGCCAAGGUCCACACGUAUUUGGACGGAAUCAAGCGGGGGCUGGAGAUUCUCAAAGUAAAGAAGUUAAGCUGCUGCACCAAGCAGCAGAAGGAGAAGAUCAACUUUGAAGUUGACCAAAUAUUGGCCAAAUGUGCCGUAAUAAAAGAAGGAGUUUUUGGCAAGAAGCUAACAGUACAAGCCAUGGAAGAAGCCGCUAGCACAACUGCUAGCUAG